AUGAAGCAACAAUCGGUUGGAAUUCUCCUUUGUGCCCUUCUGCUGACCACAUUCGGCCACGAGAUUUUAAACCGGCAUCAUGCUGCUCAUUCUGCUCGUUCCGCAAACUUAGCGCAUUCUCGUGCAAAGUCGCCUUUGGUAUCCACAGCUAGAUCAACUUUCAGCGGUGGCUGUAACGUCAUAUGUGAACCAGGACGGGAAUCCAAUAAUAUGACUGUGGCUGUUAGUUCUUCUGCGUCUGUUCUGGGAGUGUACAACGUUUCCGCACAGGUAGCCUUGGUAAUAGAUGCAAAAGCGAAUCUACUUCUAAUUUACAACUACGAAGAGAGGUGGGGCGUUAUCAUAAAUAUUGAAACCGAAGUUGUCGUAGCUGUUGAUCAUCGAAACGAUAACACCAAGAUAAGCUUUUACAACAUUUUCGCAGGCAAUGUUACAUUGAAAGGUGCAUUCGACCAAGGAGAAAAGAUCACUAUAGAGAAAGCGAGCGUGUUUAUCCAAGCAAGUUUGGUUCUUUUGACCAAUGGAGAGUACACUGUUAGUGCGUCAGAAGUAUGGGGUCUCGUUAUCCAUAUCGCUAGAACCGUAUCCGUUUCUCUGAGAGCAGUUCUAGUAGUCAUCAGAACCGGCUAUUUCACGGCGGUCAUCUCUUUACCCAGAUUGAUAGAAAUUAUCAACGGAUUUGCCCACGUUGCGAUCAACUCUGAAGGCGGUGUUAACCUCAUCCUCGAACACAACGUGACCAUCAGCUUGGAAGUACUUCUCAGCUUUAAGUCGACAUUUGAAAUUGCUGGAUACAUCUGGGAACAACUGAUUGGAGCCGAUUUGGAGCACAUUUUCGACGGUUUGAACACCUACGUUUCUGUUCUUCAACUCCUUGCUGGUUUAUCAGACAACAGCACUAUUAACAUCAACGGAUACAUCACUUUUCUUUCAAAACUCGUACUUUACAUCGAGGGGAAGAUAUCUCUAUCAGCCUUCGUGGAAGUUUUCGUCGAAUUCAUCGCCAAAAAUAAAGGCAACGUCAACUUAGGCGCGGAAUUUAGAGCAGCUGUUGAUAGUUUGUAUAAGUUGAUCUUGAGGCUUCGUCUGGAGGAAAGAUUGAAGUUUGUGUACGACCUUUUGGUGAAAAUUAGAGAGGGCAAGUGGGUCGUGGCUGGAGUGAACAUUAGUGCCAUUAUUAAAGAAAUCGAUGAAGGUCUUCAUGGUAACGCCCUUCAGCUCAUCAUUGCAGUUUACAAAUUACUUAAAUUGAAGCUCUCGAUCGAACUUGGUAUAAUCGUUUUGAUACUGCACUUAAUUGAACUUCUCACGGUUAGCGGUGGAGUUGUAAUUGUCGCUGUGAUUGUCGAGAUUUCUAUAAGCACAGAGAUCGCGAAAGCUGGGGCUGGAGCUCUUGCUUUAAUCCUCAGAGGCGUGAGGAUCUUCGCUUGGUUUGGCGUGGGUCUUUACCAAACUCUGGCUCAUGUUCCGGUGAUCAGUCAGUUAUUUGCCCAAAUUACCAUUCAGGUUAAGGCGGCCGGGUAUCAAAUAACUAUUGAAGAAUUAUUCAAAAGCUCCGCUUGUGGUGAAGUCGUUAAAAUAAUAGGUGAGGUGGUCAAAGAUCCAUCUCAUGCGCAUCCAGGUGAGGGUUCAACGACUACCGAAAAAAUUGAGGGUUCAACGACUACCGAAAAAAUUGAGGUUUCAGCGAGUAGCGGAGAAGGUGAGGAUGGCGGACAUAAACCUGACUCAACAAAACAUCCGGGUCAUGGUCAUGGUUCAAAGACUACCGCAAAAAUUGAGGGUUCAACGACUACCGAAAAAACUAAGGAUUCAGCGAGUAGCGAAGAAGGUGAGGAUGGCGGACAUAAACCUCACUCAACAGAACAUCCGGGUCAUGGUCAUGGUCAUGGUCAUGGUCAUGGUCAUGGUCCACCAGGAUCUUACGAUAGAAUUUACAACGCUCACGCAAAACGUCAUGAAGCACAGGGAAAGCACCACAACCAGGAGAAAAAGAACAAGGCUUGAACAGAAACGAAGACCUAUAA